AUGAGAAAGGCAGGUUCGGCCUUGAAGAUAAUUUUUCCUAAGAUGCUACAUCUCACUUGUACAGCCCACGCGGUUCACCGUUUGGCGGAGGAUGUUCGACUUGUUUCCCCCACUGUAGACAAACUCGUAUCCAAUGGGAAGAAGAUUUUUCUCAAAUCCGCUUCGAGAGUAACUACCUUCCGUGAGAUCGCGCCAGGCAUACCCUUGCCUCCGCAGCCCGUGUUGACCCGAUGGGGCACGUGGAUUAAGGCCGCAGUUUACUAUGCAGAGCAUUUCGAUUCCUUUGCGUCUGUAGUGAACACCCUAGACGCGGCCGAAGCCGCAAGCAUCGCAGCUACUCAGCAGCUCUUGAGAGAAGACUCCGUGAGAGAGCAACUCGCUUUUAUCAAGGCUAAUCUGGGACAUCUACCGCAAGGAAUUGAAAGACUAGAGAAAAGAGAAGUCCCGCUCGCCGAGAGCCUCGAAGUCUUCGAAGGAAUUAUGAGAGUUCUCGAUAUGAUCCCCAACACCGCCGGUGAAAGACUCCGAAAUAAGUGUAAAUUUGUUCUGAGUCGAAAUCCUGACUAUGAACGAAUCAGGUCCAUCGCUCAAGUUCUGAGAGGAGACUCUCCCGAUAGCAGUCUCGAAGGUUUUAGCCCCAGUGAACUGUCAGCCUUUAAAUUCGCUCCUAUCACGUCGGUAGACGUGGAGAGGAGUUUUUCUAUGCUUAAGUACAUCCUUGACGAUCGGAGGCAUAGUUUCACCUUCGAGAAUCUUAAAAUGGUGCUUGUGAUAUACUGUAAUCAAUAA